AAAUUGCUUCGAUCUUUGAAGAAACUUCUUCUUUUCCAGUUGGAUAUUUAAAGUCGUAAUAUUUAAAUUCUUUUCAGCAACAGUAGUAAUCGCAAUUAUUGCAGUUUAUUUGCGUCAGUUCCAGCCUACAAUAGGUGUGGUGAGCCUUAAGUCGUGAGAAAUUGAUUAAUUACAGUCGAAUGUGUGGAAAAUAAUCACCCAUGGUUGGUCCAUUUCUUACGACUUCGGACUUUCCUACACCUGUUGUAAACCGGGACUUGUAGACGACUUGGAAAAAAAAAGAAUGCAUUUAUUUAACACGGAUCAGUCGGCAUUGAUAGAAUUAGAUCUGUUGUUUGUAGCUAGACCAAUAUAUCUUUGGUGUAUUUAAAAUGAAGUAUAUGCAUAUUUUCAAGUUUGACGAAAGCGAGAAAGAAGGUUUCAGUGCUGUUCGGUACAGCGAGAUAAAAACAGGCGUGUUGGCUCAAAGAUCAUUUUUAGAGCUACACGUGAAUUUAUACUCGUGAAUACGCGCCCGUUAUUAUUUAAAGUGACAGAUAGAGAUUUCAAUCACAAUUAAAUAAAUAUGGGUGUUCCGGCGGGUGAUCCAGAGAAAGGAAAGAAGAUUUUUAUUCAAAGGUGUGCACAAUGUCACACCGUUGAAUCGGGUGGCAAACACAAAGUAGGCCCUAAUUUACAUGGACUUAUAGGUAGAAAAACUGGCCAAUCCCCAGGUUUCCUUUAUACCGAUGCCAAUAAAGCGAAAGGUAUCACUUGGAACAAAGAUACUUUGUUCGAGUAUCUAGAAAAUCCAAAGAAGUACAUUCCCGGCACGAAGAUGGUGUUCGCCGGAUUGAAAAAGCCACAGGAGAGGGCUGAUCUUAUAGCUUACCUAGAACAAUCUACAAAGUAGACGUCUCUCUACGCGUGCAUGCUAUCAAUCGCGGAAAUCGCGACGAACGCGCGAGAAGCCGCAUAUGGCAUGAAUCGCGAUAUUAGUACGAUUAUCAUCUCAUCACAUCUCAUCUCACUCGUGCUCAUCCCAUGAACUCUCCUCUCGAUGGUACUCAAAAGCGUUCGCAAUACGUGUUCAAAUAGUAAUGAAUUGUUAUUGUAUUGUUGAUAAGUAGAUAAUUGCAAAUAUGUAUAUGACGUGACACAGGGGUCGGGCUAGUUCCUGACUCUGCUUUUCUUCUUCAUCACACCGAAGAGAUAUUCUCAGGAGCGUUAAAUGCCCGCCAUGCGAGUGGUUGAGCCACUCUUCCGCGGAUUUUGCGUCCUUAAUUAUUUAUUAUCAUUGUACCAUGCAACGAGUGUUGAUCUGUAAAUCAAAGAAAAUACAAACUAGACAUUUAAAAAUUA